AAUCCCAUUUCUCUUCUGUCUGCUCACUCAUCGAGCUCCUCGACAUCCUGCUCCUUGCCAAUCCCUACAGAUUGACGCUUUUCGCCAUGUCUAGCCAACCUCUUCUCCAGACUGCGCCAGGCAAGCGCAUUGCUCUUCCCACUCGUGUUGAGCCCAAAGUCUUCUUCGCGAACGAGCGAACAUUCCUCUCAUGGCUCAACUUCACCGUCAUCCUGGGCGGUCUGGCCAUCGGUCUGCUCAACUUUGGUGACCGUGUUGGUCGCAUCUCUGCCGCCCUAUUCACCUUCAUCGCUAUGGCGGCCAUGAUCUAUGCCCUCAUCACGUUCCAUUGGCGCGCCAAGAGUAUCCGGAAGCGCGGCCAGAGCGGGUUCGACGAUCGCUUCGGACCCUCGGUCCUGGCGGCCUCGUUGUUGGCUGCCGUGGUGGUGAAUUUCAUCCUGCGCAUCCAGGAGGGUGGGAAGAAAUGAGUUACAUCGUCUCUGCUGUUGGUUUAUCUGCAGAAUUGUCCCUCUAUCUUUGACCACGGCUAAGGGAGGGAUCUGAUGGCUCGGCGAUGUUCUGGUCUAUCGUGACUGGAAAGGAAUGUACGCUUGUUCCGUACGGAGUGAGACUCAUUGAUACGAUUAGGAAAUGUUUUGGAUGUCACUAUAUAUGUCAAGCGACUGGUCUUUAGCUUCUUGCUGUUGGGUUAUGCGA